CAAACAUAUUCAAAGGGAAAAGAACAUGAGCAUUGGACGGAAGAAAUUUAAUAUGGAUCCUGUUAAGGGUAUUCAAUAUCUGGUUGAGCAGAAGAUACUCUCCUUGGAUGCAGAAGAAGUUGCUAAAUUUCUUUACCAAGGAGAAGGACUCAAUAAAACAGCCAUAGGAGAUUACCUGGGACAAAGGGAUCCAUUGAAUCUCCAGGUUCUGCAGGCUUUUGUAGAAUGUCACCAGUUUGCCAAUCUCAAUCUUGUGCAAGCACUACGGCAGUUUUUGUGGAGCUUCCGUUUGCCUGGAGAAGCCCAGAAGAUUGACCGCAUGAUGGAAGCUUUUGCCAAUUGGUAUUGUCAGUGUAACCCAGGCAUUUUUCAGUCAACAGAUGCCUGCUACAUCCUUUCAUUCUCAGUCAUCAUGUUGAAUACCAGCCUCCACAAUCCAAAUGUCAAAGAUAAGCCCCCAUUUGAGCGGUUCAUGUCCAUGAACAGAGGGAUCAAUAAUGGAGCAGAUCUUCAAGAAGUGCUUCUGAAGGACAAAGAGCCUCUAGGGAUUAUCCCAUUGGAAAACCUAUCAGUUCAACCAAUAGAUGAUCUCAAGAAACCAAAUUGCUUUGAGCUCUUCAAUGCAAACUGCAAAGGGCAGAAGAUCAAAGCUUGCAAGACGGAUGGGGAUGGAAGGGUGGUUGAAGGCAAGCACCAAUCCUAUAAGAUCUCUGCAGCCUCCCAGGAGGACCGUGACCUAUGGAUUGAAGCCAUACGGACCAGCAUCACGAGAGAUCCCUUCUAUGACCUGGUUGCUGCUCGUAAGAAAAAAGUUACCAGCAAAAAAUGAAACUUCUGGCUUGUGCCACCUUGUUCGGUGGAUGAUUAACACCAAGAAAAUAUUUAUUUGAAGUCUGAAAUGGCAAAAUUCCUCAACCAUCUCUGAGACAGACAAGUGAAUGAAAGGAUGAUCAGUGGCCUGCUUCCAUUUUCCAGAGUCAGAAUAUGCAGAAUCAGACACUGGUGCAGGAAUUAUUUCUGUACAGAAAACAAGCACAGAUUUCUUAGUAAAUGGAGCAGGAUAUGGUUGUGUGUGUGUGCCUUGGUAUGGCUGAUGGAAACCAGGGAAUGGUUUCACCAGUAUUUCUAUACCUGUAAGACUAGAUUUGUCUACAUUGACCUGCCUCCUCUGACUCACAGUCUUGAGGUUUCUUGAAUAAUGAUGCUAUCUGAGGUAAAUUUACUUGGAAUAAUAGGAUGAAGGACAAAAUGAACUAAAAGACUCAAGGGAUGCUGUGAAACCUGGCCAAAAUAAACACAUAUUACUGUGUGGCUGAGCUUAGCAAAUGGCUAGUUUGGACCUGGAAAUUAUUGCCAAGUUGAUGAUAAUACUGAAUGUUAGGUUUUUUUAGGACAGGAUCUUCCAGCCAAAGUCAGAAUCUAAACAAUAAUCAAUGCAAUGAGUUGUUAGUUCCUAUGUUCUUUGAGUUGGCUGCUCCAUCAGUGUUGGAACAGUUGAAAAGUGUGUUUACAGACUGAUAUUUGUUUACUUCUCUCCUCCUCUGAAACAUUCAUUAGUCUAGAGGAUCAAAAGCUAGGGUUUUUUCCCCCCUUUUCCUCUGAAUUUUUCAUCUAUACAAUGAGUUCUGUAAAAUAAUAAAAUUUGUUUAACGUGGUUAUGAAGAACUGGAUUGUUGUAAGAAUGAUGCCUGCAUACUAAUGAGUAGUACAAUAUUUUUGUUUAAGGAGAUGUAAAGAAUUGCUUGUUAUUAAAAUAC